GCUUUGUGGGCGUGUCAGUCUGUGAGGAGGCGGGGCUUAGGGUGGUCCACCACACGUCGGGCGUCAGACUGUGCAGAGUUGCUGGAGGACCCUCUGCGUGGAGGAUGUGAUGCUUCCCCCCGUGGUUUCUCCGGUUCCUCCCACCCACGGUCCACGGGCAUAAAGGGAUCUACUUGAUCCCGCGUUCCUAAUAAAUCACCAGCUGGUUCGGGAUCUGCUCGGGUUUAUGCAUCGGGUCUAUCCAGCUCGGUGAGUGUCGGUGGGUAUAUGUUCCCCACACACCACCGAUGCUGCAGGGAGCAGACGGAGCUACAGCCGCUGGACAUGCCGUUGUUUGCAGCCUCUAGGCGGGAGGGAGACGGCCGCUGCGGCCGGCACAGAGCGCCAUCGGACGGGGAACGGCUGCGCUCCGUGCGGGAGCGGCUGGAGCUCAUGGUGUCGGUGCUGGGAGAGCUGGAGUACCUGCGGCACCGGCAGCAGCUCCUGGUCCUGAGCGCCCUGAAGGAGGAGGUGAAGGAGGCGCGGAGCGAUGCUCAGCUGAGCUGCGAGGAGAACAUCCUGGUGCUACGGAAACAGCUGAGCUGUCUGAGGAGGGACGCUGGAGUCAUCAGCGAGUUACAUGAGCUGGACCAGCAGAUCAACGAGCUGCGACUGGAACCGGAGCCGUCACAUGACCAGCUGGAGACUGACAGCCGGCCCAGCUCAGGGUUCUAUGAACUGAGUGAUGGGGCCUCUGGCUCACUCUCCAACUCGUCUCACUCGGUCUUCAGCGAGUGCUUCUGUUCGACCGCCGACGCUGAAGGAUACUUCCUGUCUACAGAGGAGCUAGCCAGCUGUUUGGAGUAUGACGUGCUGGUUGGAGGAUUUUAUGACGACUUGGGUUCGUCUGGCGUUGUCCGCCGAUCACUCUCAGCUCCUCACCAGGCUUCUCUGGAGGCUACGUCACUGGCUCCCACCGACUCCCCGUCUAAAACUUUUUGCAAUUUUUUCCCCAGAAAGGCGAGCGACAUUUACAACUACCGAAGCCCGUCACACGCUGCGGCCGUCCAAGGCUCUGCACUUCUGCAGGUUUCUGGUGACGGAGGUCAGAGCAGAGAUGAAGCUGGUGGUGAAUGUCUCAAAACAGAAACCUUCCCCAUACUUGGUUCUGUUUCAGGGCCUCUUAGACCUCAAGGCUCCACUUUCCAAAGUCAUUCCAGUAAACACCUGGAGAAGUACAUCUUUGGUCUGCUGCAGCGGAGGGCCCAGCCUAUUAGGGCCAACAGACCCAGGACCAACAUCAGCACGGACCCUCUAAAGAGUGUCGUCCGUCAGCCCAGUUUCUCUUUGAGACAAAUAUCUGGUCCCUGUUCUGGUGCUGGAACUCUGAAAGGGUCUGAAAUAAAAUCUGUGUUCCCUGCUGGAGAAACCUCGGCAGAAGUCAUUACCGUCUCAUCUUCUCCGAGGCAAAGCUCUUUAGAAAGCAAAAAUGAAGAGAAGGGCACUCAGAGAGUUUCCCCUGAUGAUACUGUCACCAUAAAAACCAGCUCCAAGAUCAACAAAGGUGACUCAAACUCCGACCUGCAGAACAAUUGUUCUGUCACCAGUCGGGUCAAGAACACCAGCACAAAGAGACUCAUUAGCAAGACAGGCAAAGGGUCUCUUUCACUCUCAGGUGCUUCUGUCCCAACUCUUCUCACAGAUAACAUAGUUCAGGGAAGUCCAAAAUGUAACUCCUCAGACAAAGAGACAAGUCAGCCAUGUUGCCCUGUUGACCAAGAGCAGAUCGUCAAAUCAGUUCUAACAGCUAAAACACAGACUGGUGCUUCCAAGAAGCUCUCCAAGGCUCUACAGAGCGGCCCAUCAGAGGACAACAAGUCAGAGCUGGCCCACUCCAGUGCAGAACCUUUUGCUCAGAAUCAUGAGGAAGACAUAAGAGUAGCAAGAAGAAGUCAUGUGGGGAAUGGCAACCUGGCCAAGCAGCAUAACGGUAAACACCGCAAAGGCAACAACAGGAAUGUUAAGAUUACCAAAGUGAAGAGCACCAAUAGAACAUCCACCAUGUUGGCUUCUGAGCGUAAGGAGGUGCCUUCAGAAAAAAAAGAUAAGUUCUGCCUUAACCCUAACAGGGUUCUUGAAGUAGACGAUGGAAGCUCCAACCAUGUCAAGGUCUCCAACAAACGAACUUCAUCAGGCUUGAAAAACAUCUCUGCAUCCACCCUGUUAGCCGGAGUCCCAGACAAGCAAGCAAGGUCAACACAAAUCAGCAUGAGAUCAGGAGUAUUAAAGCAGCAUCACCAUGGAAACUACCAUUCCCAUCUUCCCCAUGGACGCGAACAGGUAAUUGUUGUGGCCAAGCCAAAGUACAAGCGGAAUGAUUACCGGCCCCUGCGUGCCAUCAUGGAAGUACCAUGCGACAGUGCGAACAAACACGGCCAAUGGCGACAGAGAAAGAAGGUAGUCAGAAACUCUGUAGCCAAAACAUACCCCACCUCUGGGGGGCAGCAGUGUAGCCUGUACUCCAAUGUUGCAGGGAGUGACUCAGAGUAUUCAGCCGAGUGCGUCUCACUCUUUCACUCCACCAUUGUGGACACCAGCGAGGACGACAAGUCCAACUACACCACAAACUGCUUUGGGGACAGCGAGUCUAGUGAGGAGGAAUAUGUGGAGGAGAACACCACCACCACGGACACUGAGGAGAGCGUAGGAGGAGGCCCUGGAGGGGCUGGGGGUGGCAGGACAGGCAGGCAGAGGGGGCAGCUGAGGACGGCUCGGGUCACAGUAGGGAAACUGGAAAUGUACCCAGCUCAGACUAAGACCUUUGUUAAGAUUAAGGCUUCUUACAACCUGAAGAGGAAGAUCCUCAGAUUCAGGUCGGGUUCACUCAAACUCAUGACCACAGUGUGACCAGACCAGAACCAGACCUGCUGGUUGUCUUACCCAGUUACUUCUGUUGCACCUGAAACAAACCAAGUGGUAGAAAAAUAGAGGUAAGACAGGAGCUGGAAGGUACACACCAUGCUAAGCUACAGAAAGCAUCAAUUCAACACCUGACAUUUCUAUCAUUUCAGUCCUCUUCAGACUAAUGGAAGAAUCCAAACCAUCUUUGUAAAGGUUUUCUCCUGAAAUGAACAACAAUUCUGAAGAAACUUGCUUUCUAAACUUCUUCUUUUGUUGUUAUAAAAAACGUAACUGGCAAACAAUUAAAUAUAUUAAAUCUGGGUUUCUAAAUUUACAAUAUAACAUGGUCGACAUUUUGACAAAUGGCACUAAAAUGUCCUCCUGAAGUCCAGAGGCUAACGAAGCCUUACUUAGAAAUGCAGGUCAGCUAAACCGAACCCAGUUGAAACCAUGUAUUUACACUAACGGGUCACAACAUUCUGAAAUGUUCCCACACAACUCAACAGAGCAACAUUUCAACAUUUGGUGUAUUUCUAACAAAACAAACAUAGAAAUGAAACAAAAAAUGUUAUUUUCCUUUGGUGGAUGUUAAUGAAUAAAUCACCAUGUACAUCUCA